GUGGGUUGCUGGGAGUGUUUGAUAUUGCACGUUCCCUCAGCACAUGGAGGAACAGAGAGUGAGAAAGAUAGUAAACGGGAAGUUAAUAAGGACUGUUUUGCAAGUGCGUGUUCCGCCACAGAAAGUCUGAAGAAUUUCUAAUUUACAUCAGUUUGAACUUUUGAGUAAUGCCUGAAACAGCUUUACCAAAGGGGGCAGCCCAGACUGAUUCGGGGACAGCCAAAAUGGCCAUUGUUGAGGACACGCCCGUGAAGCUGGCCUUGGAAACUGAAGCAUCACCUGAGACUGACUCCCCUUACACACCCAACAAUAUCUACUCAGCCAUUUUGAGCAGAAAUGAGGCUGUCAAAGAUGCCAAGCGCCUGAAGAACUUCUUGGAAUUGCGAGACAAAUACGUAUCAAAGAAUGUCCUGUUUGAAGACCCUCUGUUUCCUGCAAACGAUUCCUCUCUUUGGUACAGCAACAAAUUUCCUAUUGAUUUUGAAUGGAAGCGCCCAAAAGAAAUCUGUGACAAUCCCCAGUUCAUCAUAGAUGGAGCCCGAAGGACAGACAUCUGUCAAGGAGAUCUGGGUGAUUGCUGGCUACUGGCUGCUAUUGCCUGUCUGACACUGAAUGAGAAGCUGCUGUACCGAGUUAUACCUGAAGACCAGAGUUUUACAGAGAACUAUGCUGGUAUUUUCCAUUUCCAGUUCUGGAGGUACGGGGAAUGGGAGGACGUGGUGGUGGACGACCGCAUCCCCACGUUCAACAACCAGCUGGUGUUCACCAAGUCUUUCCGGAGGAACGAGUUCUGGAGUGCCCUGCUGGAGAAGGCCUACGCCAAGUUGCACGGCUCCUACGAGGCCCUGAAAGGCGGCAACACGCUGGAGGCCAUGGUGGACUUCACAGGGGGCGUGACAGAGUUCUUCGAGCUGUCUGAGGCUCCCAAGGAGCUCUACAGCAUCAUGAAGAAAGCUCUGGAGAGAGGCUCCUUGAUGGGCUGCUCCAUAGACGCCCUGCUGCCGAGUCACUUUGAGACUGAAACGUCGAGCGGGCUGGUCCGGGGCCACGCCUACUCCAUCACCGGACUGGAGGAGUGUGACAAGGUGAAGGUUACCAAGAAGACCAAGAUCCGGCUUGUUCAAAUGCGGAACCCCUGGGGUAUAGUGCUGUGGAAAGGCCCGUGGAGUGCGAAGUCUAAGGACUGGUCUACCAUCUCUUCAUCGGACAACAACAGGCUGAAGAAUCAGACAAUUGAGGAGAGUGAGUUUUGGAUGUCCUUUGAGGACUUCAAGAAGAACUUCACCAAGCUGGAGAUCUGUAACCUGACUCCGGACACACUCUUGGACGAUGUGCCUCACAGCUGGACUGUGGCCGUCCACGAGGGCCGCUGGGUUCGGGGCAGCUCCGCCGGGGGGUGCAGGAAUUUCCCAGACACCUUCUGGACCAACCCACAGUACCGUCUGCGUCUCUACGAGGAGGAUGACGACCCCCAUGACCCCGCACAUGUGGCGUGUACAUUUGUAGUGGCACUGAUGCAGAAGGGGCGGAGGCGGGACCGGAUCAAGGGCGCCAAGCUCUACACCAUUGGCUUUUCCAUCUACGAGGUGCCCAAGGAGAUGAUUGGAAGUGAGCAGCACCUGCAGAAAGACUUCUUCCUCUACAAUGCCUCCAAGGUCAAAUGCAAGUCUUACAUCAACCUGCGGGAGGUCAGCGAGCGCUUCAGCCUGCCCCCCGGGGAAUAUGUGAUCAUCCCUUCGACCUUUGAACCGCACGAGGAGGGAGAGUUCAUCCUCAGGGUGUUCUCGGAGAAGAACAACACCUCAGAGGAAACAGAAAGCAACAUUAGGUUGGAACAAAUAGAGCAAGGCAAAAACAAGAAAAAGAAAGCAAAGCCCAUUGUGUAUGUCUCAGACAGAGCGAAUGCCAACAAGGAACUUGAGCAAGACGACAUUGAGGUUGACAAGAAGAAAGGCAAAGGGGAGAAGACAAAGAUCCCGGAACCAGAGGAGAGCGAAGAACACAAAAUGUUCAGGGCCAUUUUCCAACAGAUUUCUGGGGAGGAUCUGGAGAUCUGUGCGAAUGAGCUGAAGGUGGUUAUGAAACGUGUUCUGGAGAAACAUAGUGAACUGAAGACGGAGGGCUUCAGCUUAGAGAGUUGUCGGAGUAUGAUCGCUCUGAUGGACACGGACGGCUCAGGGAAACUAAACCUGCAGGAGUUCAAACACCUUUGGAACAAGAUCAAAGCAUGGCAGGUAAUCUUCAAGAAGUACGACAAAGACAAGUCCAACUCCAUCAGCAGCUUUGAGAUGAGGAACGCUGUCAAUGAUGCAGGGUUCCGUCUGAACAACCAGCUGUAUGACAUUAUCACCAUGCGCUACGCUGACGAGCACCUCAACAUCGACUUCGACAGCUUCAUCUGCUGCUUCGUCAGACUCGAGGGCAUGUUCAGGACUUUCCAUGCCUUUGACAAAAAUAGAGAUGGAAUAAUCCAGCUCAAUGUCCUCGAGUGGCUCCAGUUGACCAUGUAUGCUUAGUUCACCCAGCCGUCAGAUGUCUCCGGCUUUUCGCAACGUUGCCUUGGUCAGUGUCACUCAUCUACCUCUGCCAGUGUCCCAAGUCUUCCCUGACCAGAGGAUGUCGCCACUGCAUCUCAUUUUGCUCGGCUGCAGAGAAAAAGAAAACCUUGAAAUCCAAACGGCACCCAGGGGAAGAGAGGAAGUUAGGGGUUUGGGCAAAUACUGAGAUGUUCAUGCUUCCAAACUCCCGACGGGAUUUCAAGCUAAGCAAGAGAACGUAUAUGAAAUGUUUUACAACCAGCCGUGACUGACAGGAUGCGGAGCCCUUGUCCCAGUAAAGCUGGCAAAGAUUACGGUGUAAUUUCCUGUCCUUAUAUUAUUGGUGGUUACUGUACAUUACCAAGUCAGUUGUGUUGCGCUCGUGCCUGUACAGUCACAAUAAGAUAAUACUGUUCACAGACAGCAGUGGAGUUUAUUCCUGUGGCACUUUGACAAGCAGGUCUGUUAUGGGAAAAGCAUCGAGUCAUCAAUGAUGAUCCUCAAUUUCUGAACGUGGGCCCAGAGUCAACUGUGAUGGAUGUUGUGGACUUCAAAUAAAUAUGAAAUGUAACGCCUGUAGACGGGUCUUUUCUCGUUUUUCUUCUGGUCAACCCCCCCCC